CCCAUGUAGUGUCAAUGGACUCUUUUAAGUUGACAAUACCUGAAAAAGUAUGUUAGCCCUACUGGACAAAAAUAAGUAGUAAAUACAAUGACUACUCUUUCUUGAUCGACCUAAUUAUCUGAUGCAAAAAGUUUUACUUAAUUUUUUUUAAGUAGAUCAAGCAGACUAUUUUUUUCAGUGUACACAGUAUAUUGUAGAGUAUGUUUACUGCCAUGUGGUGUCAGUAGAGAUGCUUUUUAAGGGGCACCACGGUGAAAAGGGGCUAAAAGUAAUGUAAAUCACCGUGCUGAGCUGGUAAAAUGUCCCACAAACCUGUUUAAAUGAGGUAAGAUAAGAUAUUUUACACUUUACUGCUUUAAACAGCGGGCUUCGCUCUACAGCAGCACAGAUAUCACUGGACUGGGGAGGCUGCAGUGCUUGAGGAGAGCUAACCCACAUAAAAGCAGCUUUCACUGUAGAAGCCUGAAUAAUGGAUGUUUUGAUGCUCCUUCAAGCGCUAAUGUAAGUAACUAAUUAGCUAGUUUAAAGCUUAGUUUGGACUUAAAGUGUAUACUUUAUAGGCCAGCAUGCACAACCAAACUGCUCAAAGUAGAGCUCAUUGAAGGGAUGUAUUUUCUGUUCUGCACGUUUCUACCCUUUUUUCCUCCUUUUUUUCUGAGAUCCUCUGCAUUCCUUUUGGACACAUCUGGAUUAGCUAGAAUAUAAGGUUCAGCUGAACAGGUACCAUGCCGUUUGUGGAAUUCAUCGCAGGAUGGAUUUCAGGUGCAGUUGGGUUGGUUCUGGGUCACCCCAUGGAUACUGUGAAGGUGCGCCUUCAAACUCAGUCUAUCUACAAAGGGAUAUUUGACUGUGUGGUACGAACAUACACACAUGAAGGGUUCCACGGGUUCUUAAAAGGCAUGGCAUUCCCUGUCCUGAGUGUCGCUGUCAGCAACUCUGUCGCUUUUGGUUCUUAUAGCAAUGCUUUGGAUUACAUCACCCAAUCCCAGCACAAGGAGCGUGCGCAAGGGAACAAGGCACCACUGUGGGCAGUCUUUACCGCUGGAUGUGUCUCAGGAAUGAUGCAGGUUCUGGUCACAUCCCCAAUCGACCUGGUAAAGGUGCGUCUUCAGAACCAGACUGAAGGACGCUCAGAGCUGGAUAGGGCUAGGUACCGCAGCCCCUGGCACUGCAUGGUCAUGAUCGUCAGGGAGGACGGGGCGAGGGGUCUGUUCAGAGGUGUGACUGCUCUAGCCCUGCGUGACGUUCCUUGCUUUGGACUUUACUUCCUCCCCUAUGAAUUAACCUGCAGGAUGCUGACGGAGAAAGGAAAAGAACCUAGUACAUAUGCUAUUCUAAUAGCUGGAGGGAUCGCUGGGGUGGUGACGUGGUCUUGUGCGACACCGAUGGACGUGAUAAAGGCUCGUCUGCAGAUGUCCGGGGCUGGAGGCCGGGUAUACAAGGGCACCCUGCACUGCAUCAUUACUAGUCUGCGGGAGGAGGGCAUCAGAGUGUUCUUCAAAGGUCUUCUUCUGAACAGCCUGCGGGCGUUUCCUGUCAAUGCCGUUACUUUUCUCAGCUAUGAGAUGCUACUAAGGUACAUGACUGCUUCACCCUGCGCUCAGGAUUAAUGCAUGUCUGAUGUUCUCCUUAAGCUGCUAAGUAUGCUGUGGAACUCAUGCCGACCAUCAACUUGAGUAUCUUCUUUAUUAAAUCCCACUGUUAAUAGUUCACAACCACCACAGUUGCUAGUGAUUAUGUCAUCUUCUAGUGGGAUGGAUGGCAGUCACAAAGCCCGGAAUAUAACUAAAACACGGACGUCUAAAAGUAGCAGUUACAGAACCGGUUAUUCCACAUCAGGACCAAAUAGUAUCUACAGGUAUUUACGCAUCAGCUAAUAAAAUUAUGUUCUCAGAAUGUUCUCAAAAUAUCUUUUAAAGGUACAUUUUAAAGGAACAUUCUUUUGUAGGGUCUCACAUAUAGUAUUAAGGAUGCCUUUUCCUGACUCACAUGCACCUACCUCUUUUACCCGAUAUUGCAAUUUAUCAGUAGUGAUGAAGUCAAGGCCGCUAAAGCAGAGUCAGAGUAAAGACCAAUACCAGAACAAGUUAAGUCUGAGUCAAGACUUUCAAUAGUCCAGGACCAAGACCAGCAAAAACUCAGACAGAGAAGACCAUGAGAAGGUUAAGAUAUUUUU